GGCUCGGCGCCGUUCAACGUGACAACUCGUUAUCACCUAGUAGCGAAUUUUUUCGAGCGAAUUUAGUCGAGUGUCGAGUGAUUGUGAUCGAUUUGUGAACAACUGGUUGCGAUUGGUGAAAUUUACUCGAGUAUUGUGACUACUUUGAUUAUUUGAGUGUUCAAAUACUUCAUUAUCUAUCUUUUCAUUAGGUAGCAGUUUUUAUACGAGAGGAAAACGUGAAAAUUGUGGCGCAUUAACUGUAUCGUGCGAGCUGCUGAACGGUGUUCACUUGGUAUUCUGAUUUUGAAAGUCGAUCUAUUGAUUAAUUUGCUAUAAUUAUUUACAUACGUAUUAUCAAAAUGGGUUUCGACGAAGUUUUCCAAUACGUUAUUGAGAUUUUCCAGAAUCCAAAUAAGUCAACCAUCGAUAGAACGGUGAGAACGGUCACCAAUGGAACAAGUACUCCUAAUGAGCAACCAUCUGAUGCUAGAACGGAAACUAGAUCGAACGAUACAACUGAUGGAACCCCCCCAAAAAACAAGACGAUUCCGCAAGAUUUCGUAAACGCCGUUACACCGACAUUAAACCUCACCAAGAAAGAAUGUUUUGAAAUCUUAAAUCAAGUCCAUCGAAAAUACGCCCAACCUUUGAUUGUAGAAUUCUUCUACGGUAACCCGUCGAAAACGCAGGAGUUUUUUGACUACGCACGUGAAAAAGUCAAUCUCGAAUUACUCUACUACGCAAUGAUAACGCGGCAUAAGUCAUCGCGAUGACGAGGCGAAAGUUGCUGUAAAAAUAUUGCUUUCCCACCUGGAAAUCUACCCAGAAAAGUAUUUCGAUAUGGAUAAAAUUAAAAAAGAUGUCGAAAAUAGCAAUGGUGAAAUUCUAAAGAACGGUACAGGAAAACCAAACGCGAUAUUUGUGCACAUAAAUGAUAAUGAAACUUCAACCAAUCAAGAUCCGGAUGUCUACUUCGCAAAAGAUAUUGGACUGAAUUGGCACUAUCGUCAUUGGUAUGAAGUUAACCCAUUCCUCGAACUCGAGCAGCCACUUUUCCCAAUGAAUCUAAGUCGAGGAGAAUUGUUCUAUUACGAGCAUCAACAAUUGUUAGCAAGGUACAAUUUCGAAAGACUAUGCAAUGGAUUAUCUGCAGUUGAAUCAUCUCAGUUUAAUAUAACCGAAUUGAAACUUGAACAAGGAAGCAAUGAAACUUCGUUCGCAGACCUAAGUAAAAGUUAUGAGAUGUCAUUUAUCUCUAAUUUGGAUAAUACAGAUCAAAAGUCGAAGGGAUUAUUGGACAAUAUUUUGCAAGCAGAAACAGCUCUACGAGAUCCAAUGUUUUAUCGUCGAUGCAAACAUAUGGAUGACUCGUUUUAUCAAAAGAAAAAAAAUUUGAACCAAUACACCGACGAUAUACGAUUCGAAGGUAUUAAUAUUUCAAAAGUAGAAAUACUACCUCAAAUUCUUGAAACUUUUUGGGAAAAAGAUGCGAUUAAUAUCACACAAAAAAUGGCACCCUCUGUAUUUGAAAAAAUUUACGCCGUUCACACCCACUUACAACAUGAAGAAUUCGAAUACAAGAUUGAGGUUGAAAAUAACUUUACUGACAAUGAGAAUGUCUCAGGCACGGUGAGAAUUUUCCUAGCUCCACAUUCAGAGGAGAAAAUUCCAUACGAGGAAAAACGACGAACAUUCGUGGAAAUGGAUAAGUUCGUAUUCAAUUUUACUGGCAGCCAAACCACCGUUAUCACACGUAAAUCAGGAGAGUCUACGGUGAUCAAUGGAACAUGUGGUUGGCCUCGGCACUUACUCGUCGGUAAAGGUACAGAACAAGGUUUUCCAUGUGAUUUGUUUGUAAUUAUCACAAAAAAUGAAAAAGAUGAGAUUUUUUGUAUGCAUUUUGACACAGUUGUGACCAUUGACGGAAAUUUUGUCGUUUUUAUUGAUCCAGGGUAUAUAUGUAACGAUGGUACCCGUAUACGCGGACACCAAAGAUGCAAUGGAAAAACAGACUGUCCAAAGAACGAAGAUGAACUCGGUUGCAAUCGAAAACGGAAUUUUGAAAACACAUCUCACACAAUGGGGAUUGUUGAAGAUUUUUUGAAUGACUUUAAAAAUACCGUGUUCAAGGCUGCAGAAAAUAUUAGUGAUGAUUUCGAUGGACCUAAGGAGGAAGAAAGGGCAGCUGUAAUUAAAGAGGAGUUCGUUCCUCUAGACCAGUCACCGUCACAGGAAACUUUGCCAAACGAAGAACCCAAUACCUCAACCAAAGUUGAAGACGAUCAAAGUCAGAGCGUUCCAGAUGAAAACGAAUAAUCUGGUUGCAGAAAAUGAGAGAAAAAUUAUCAAGAUUAUUUUACUUGUACUCGUACUUAUUCUAAACUAAUUUAUUCACAAUACCUAAUUGUACCUACGGUUUUAUUUUUUUAGAUGAAUUUUUGUAUGAUUUUUCUCUCACAAUAAACUUAGGUACUCGUAUUUUAAAGUG